AAAACCGAGCUGAGAGAAUAAAAUAAGCCCAGAAAAUUCAGAGAAAGCAGCAGAAAAAAAGAUGGUGAACCUCAUGAAAGUAGUGAAUCCAGUAGUGGGAUUCUUGUUGAAGUUCUACGGAUUAAGUGCUCAAACUGUGGAAAUCGAGCCCGGAACGGUGAUCCACUUCUGGAAACCGGCCCGGAUUAUAAAAAAUAAAAAGAAAUACCGCCAGACUAAGCCUGCUUUAGUCUUGCUGCAUGGCUUCGGUGCAACCGGAGUCUUGACAUGGCUUUUCCAGAUUGCCGCCUUUUCUAAAAAGUACGCAGUUUUUGUGCCGGACCUUCUCUUCUUCGGUGGCUCCACCACCGACAGCACCGACCGGUCGCCAGCUUUCCAGGCCGAUUGCUUGGCCAAGGCCCUAAAAUUGCUCGGCGUGGAGAGUUGCGCGGUCGUCGGCUGCAGUUAUGGUGGGAUUGUCGGGUCAAAGAUGGCGUUGUUGGACCCAAAGUUGGUCAAGUGUUUGGUCCUGUCCAACUCUAACUUGGCCCUCACGGAAUCUCACAGCGAAGUUGCUUUCGAGAGGGUCGGGAUCACGUCGUGGCCGGAGCUGUUGCUCCCGGAUACCGUUGAGGGUCUGAAAAAGCUCUUGCGUGUUAUAGUUUACAAGCGGCCUUGGUUUCCUAAUUGGGCUUACAAGCACUUUUUGGAGGUGAUGUUCGAUAGUAGAAAAGAGAGAGCUGAACUUUUGAAUGCUCUUGUUAUCAAGGAAUGCGAGUUCAUCAUCCCCAACUUUUUACAGAAAGUAUAUAUCAUGGCAGGCGAGGAGGAUAAGCUUUUCAAUCUCGAAAUCGUCCAGAAAACAAAGGAGCAAUUAGGGGAGAAAGCCACUCUUUAUUAUAUCAAGAAGGCGGGCCACAUUGCCCACGUCGAGAGACCCUUUGUCUACAAUCGCCUCCUCAAGGAUAUUCUUAAAGCCUCUCUUUGAAAUAAUUGCACCCACAUAUUUUGGUAAAAAAAUAUUCUGAGUGGUGCAUGGUGCUUGGUGUACGUUUUCCUUGUAUCCUUAAUAUGAUGUUAGGCCUUUAUCACUUCAAAAUAAUGAACUUUGUGUCGGGACAGAUUCUUGUGAUAUUUUUUGUCACAACAUUUUUACGUGACUAAAUUAUGUCACUUUUUAGUC